AUGGACCACAGGAGAGCAUUUCGCGCCUCCGUUUUACUGACUUGUGUGAUAAUCUGCAGCAGCGUGUUACGUCCCGUCGGUGCCUAUCUCUACAACAACCGAUACGCAGGCGAUCAAGUCUUCAGGAUAACUCCGGGUAAUGAUGAGGAUGUUCGAGCCCUCAAGAAAAUUCUGGGACACAUGAAGGUGGACUUGUGGCAGCCCAACAGCGCUUCUCUAAUCCAUCAAAACGCCACAGUGGAUGUGCACGUGAACCGUAAUGACACGCAAGGCUUACACGCACGCUUAAAGCAGGAGCGUAUUGAUUAUCGGGUUUUUAUCUCCAAUCUGCAGAAGGAAAUUGAAAAGCAGACGGGGUAUCGCUCCUCCCGCAAGCGGAGGUCAGAGUCUCAGUACGACUACGAGGUCUACCACUCUCUGGAAGAGAUCCAGAGCUGGAUGUUUGAGAUGAACCAAACCCACCCUGACCUGGUUGACAUGUUCUCUGUUGGGAAGUCAUAUGAAGGACGACCACUUUAUGUGCUUCAGCUAGGAAAGAGAAGUCGUCCCCAGAAGAAAGCCGUGUGGAUCGACUGUGGCGUUCAUGCCCGAGAGUGGAUUGGACCUGCCUUCUGCCAGUGGUUUGUCAAAGAGGCCAUCAGCUCGUACCAGUAUGACUCUGUGAUGACACGACUACUCAACCAGCUCAACUUCUACAUCAUGCCCGUCUUCAAUGUGGAUGGAUACCGUUUCAGCUGGACCACGGAUCGGUUCUGGAGGAAGACACGGUCCAAAAAUCACAAGUUCCACUGCAGAGGAGUGGACGCGAACAGAAACUGGAAAGUGAAAUGGUGUGACGAGGGUGCCUCCUCGCAUCCCUGCGAUGACACAUAUUGUGGGCCCUACCCCGAGUCUGAACCCGAAGUGAAGGCCGUCGCCAAGUUCCUGCGCAAGCACAAGAAGCGCAUUAAAGCGUACAUAUCCAUCCACGCCUACGCACAAAUGCUGCUUUACCCAUAUUCCUACAAGUAUGCCACAAUCCCCAACUUCAGCUGUGUGGAGUCAGCAGCUCACAAUGCAGUGACAGCCUUGUAUUCUGCCUAUGGAGUGAGGUACAGAUAUGGACCUGCCUCCACCACUCUGUAUGUGAGCUCUGGCAGCUCUAUCGACUGGGCCUACAGGAACGGGAUCCCGUACGCGUUUGCGUUUGAGUUGAGGGACACUGGAUACUUCGGCUUCCUCCUGCCCGAAUCGCUCAUCAACCCGACCUGCACGGAGACAAUGAGAGCCGUGAAGGCCAUCGCAUCAGGCCUGCUGAAGAAGUGUGAGACAGACAGGGACAGAUUUCCAUAUAUAUGA